AUGAAAGUUCAACCAGUAUUAGUAAACAAAGAUAACUAUAGUUAUUUAGUAAUCGAUGAAAAGAAUAAAGUAGCAAUAGCAAUUGAUCCAUGUGAACCAAAUAAAGUAAUUUCAUCAUUAUCUUCAAUCUCAAGUGAUAUUAAAAUUAACUCUGUUUUUACAACUCAUCAUCAUUGGGAUCAUGCAGGUGGUAAUAAUUUAAUAAAAACAAUAAUUAAAGAUAUCAAUGUUUAUGGUAGAGAUGAAAGAUUUGAAGGUAUAACAAAAAAGUUAGAGAAUAAUGAAGUUUUAAAGAUUGGUUCAUUAAAGAUUAAGACUUUAGAUGCACCAGCACAUACAAGCUCUCAUGUUUUAUAUUUAAUUGAAGAUGAGAAUGAACCCAAUCAAGUAAAGUCUUUAUUCACUGGUGAUACAUUAUUCAUUGGUGGAUGUGGUCGUUUAUUCGAAGGUAAUCCAGAACAAAUGUAUAAUGCACUUUACAAUGUAAUUGGUAAACUACCUGACAAUACCUUAGUUUAUGUUGGUCAUGAAUAUACUUUAAAGAAUUUAGAAUUUGCAAAAACCUUAGAAUCUGAAAAUGAAAAUAAAGAAUUAUAUAAUUUCUAUGAUCAAUGUAAAGAGAAACUUGCAAAUGGUGAAUUCACUGUACCUUCCUCUAUUGCUCAAGAAAAAUUAAUUAAUCCAUUCAUGAGAUGCCAUUUACCAUCAAUUUACAAUCAUUACUUAAAAGAAAAUCCAAAUUCAAUUAAUCCACCUUCUCCAAUUGAUGUUUUAGGUUUCAUUAGAUCUUUGAAAGAUAAAUUUUAA